AUGCAUCCCUUGCAGGCAGCCAAGGAGGCGGAAGCCAGCAAGACGUCAACAGAGAAGCCGCCAGAAGAGGAGGGCGAGAAGAAGGAAGAAAAGCCAGCAGAUACGACGACGGCAGAGGCUGGCAAAGAGGAGGAGAAGAAGGAUGAGCCACAGGACAUGCAAGUGGAUCAAGAAGGCGACAAGAAAGAGGAAGAGGCAGCUGCUGGAGAAGCAGCCAAGGAGGGCGACAAGAAGGAAGAAACUGAGAGUAAGGAGAAGGAGACAAAGGAUGAGGAGGAGGACAAUGUGGACUACCUCAAGGAGCUGGACGAAGAAAUUGAGCAGGCGGACAACGAUGUCUUCGAGAUUGAAGAUGUCACCGACAUCGGAACCGGUGAGCCUUUGUUCUUCAACUUCGGGUUCGAGGACUGGGCCUUAUUGAGUCUACGAUUCGAGCUCCACCUCUUGGCCCACGCCUUCCUUCAUGACUGUGGAGAUGCAGAAAGGUCUGGGAUCUAUCCCGACCACCUUCUCUUCUACUACAACAGGUAUUACAAGAAAGGCUUGAACCCGAAAAACUACGGCGUGGAGGGAGUCGAGGAGCUCGUCACGCUUGUGCGCGACAGCAUCGUCGUCUGUCCACCCAAGGUGAUCGAAUCGAUGCUUUCGCCCGAGCUGGAAGACAAUGAUAUUUUCGUGAAGUUGACGGAAGAGGCGAGGCGUGAGCGUCUGCGACGACUGGAUGCAGGUGACGAAAGCGCCCGGCUAAAGUUCGCCACUGGGAGCCAAAGCUCCGCCAAGGCUUCAUCGAAAGCCCCGGUGAUCAUCCCGGGCAAAGGGGUCACGAAGGGUGAAGCACUCCCACAGCAGACUCUUCUUCAGCAGCAGCAGCGGCAACAGCAAGUACGGCAGCAAAUGCAGAUGGCCACGGCGGGUGCCGGGCCCAUGGGACCUGGGCCGAUGGCCCCUGGGCCCAUGCAGCCCGGGCCCAUGCAGCGUCCCUGGGGGCCUCCGGCAGCUGCGUUUGGCGUGCCAUUGGCGCAGCAGCGAGCAAUGAUGGCUCGGCAGCCGUGGGGUUGA